AUGUCAGUAUUGCUGCUGUUGACUCUCUGCACUCACGUCGCACCGACUUAUGAUCUUCAGCCGCUGCUCAACUACAGUGCUUUUUCACUGCCGAAACUUCACGUCCCCUACUUCCUGCGAAGCAACCAACACUUAGCCGAGCUCUGCCAGGAGGACCCGCUCUGCCCGUUUAAAGAUGCUCUGUCACAAAAGCAGUCGUGCUGGGGUUAUGAGAAGAACUGUUCCCCCAUGCACAGGUUCAGCUACCCGGUCUGCAGCAGCGUGGAUUCAGCGUGGGCGGGGUCUGUGCAAGUGGCUCAGGAGGUUUUCUGGAAACAGGCCGACUUUGGCUACGUAAAGGAACGUCUGAGCGAGAUGAAGACCCUCUGCACGCCUUUAACCCCUAAUGAAUCCUCUCUGACGUGUACAAGCCACCUGCGCUACUGUCGGGCCACCAACCUCUACCUGGACCUACGGAAGCCUCGCCGAGGUCAUGAGAGGUAUAAGGAGGAUUUUCUGCAGCAGGGCGAGGUCGGGGGUCGUUGCAGAUUGAACAGCGAUGCGCUGAAAGCCGAAGGCCAGCACAUGAGCCCCCUGCAGUCCUGGUUUGCUGAGCUGCAGACCUACACGGAGCUCGAUUUCCACCCCGUAGAUGAUAAACACUGCGAUGUCAUCGUUGACAGACCUACAAUCUUUAUGAAGCUGGAUGCUGGAAUUAACAUGUACCAUCACUUCUGCGACUUUGUUAAUCUGUACGUCUCCCAGCACAUCAACAACUCAUUCAACAGAGACAUCAACAUCGUCAUGUGGGACACGAGUUUUUAUGAGUACGGAGACCUGUUCAGUGAAACCUGGAGAGCCUUCUCUGAUCACGACGUCAUACACCUCAAAACCUACGACUCCAAAAGGGUGUGUUUUAGGGACGCGCUCUUCUCCCUGCUUCCUCGAAUGAGAUACGGCCUGUUUUACAACACACCCCUGAUCUCAAACUGCCACACUGAGGGGAUGUUCAGAGCUUUCUCACAGCACGUUCUUCAUCGUCUCGACAUCCCGCAAGAAGGACCCAAGGUGGACCGAAUCCGGGUCACACUGCUGGCUCGGAGCACGGCCUAUCGCAGAAUACUAAACCAGGAGGAGCUCAUAAAUGCCCUGAAGGCUGUGCCUUUAUUUGAGGUCAAGCUUGUGGAUUACAAGUACAAGGAUAUGCCAUUCCUGGAGCAGAUCAGGCUGACCCAUAACUCGGACAUCUUUAUCGGAAUGCACGGAGCCGGCCUCACCCACCUGCUGUUCCUUCCAGACUGGGCCGUCAUAUUCGAACUCUACAACUGUCAGGAUAAAAGCUGCUAUCAGGAUCUGGCUCGGCUCAGAGGCGUUCACUAUCUGACCUGGCAGAGCGCAGACAAAGUGUUCCCUGAGGAUGAGGGACACCACCCUACGCUCGGGGAGCACCCCAAAUUCACCAACUACACCUUUGACCUGGAGGAGUUCAUGCGCUUGGUCAUGUUGGCUGCUGAUCAUGUGAUGAGACACCCACAGUGGCGAUCCAGACAGGCCCGAGAUGAGCUCUAACUAUUCAUGGCCCUUACGCACACACACACACACACACACACACACACACAGAGCGAGAGGGAUAGAUACACACACAGUGAGAU